AUGGAUGUUCUCGACGACUCUAUUUGUAAGAAGGAGGACCUUCCGACCGCGAUUGUGGUCAAGAAUGUCCCUUCCGACCUAUUCGACAGCCCGGAGAUGAAGCUUAAUUUCGCAGAUAUGUUCACCCAGAUCGAUAAAAAUGUUCGGAUAGAUUAUUUGAAAGGAUUUAGACGAGUUCGAGUCGCUUUUUCAAGACCCGAACAUGCCACGGCAGCCAAACUUCUAGUGGAACAUCACGAGUUCGAAGGAGUCCAGAUGAAGCCUUUCUUUAUUCAGGUCAGAAAAACUUAGCAUUGUUAAAGACCCGACCGCGACUAUUGGGAAAAAAAGACGUUCGGGGAAAAUGAAAUAAUUUUUUGCUUUUUUGACUAGCAAAAACCAGACACCUUGCUACCCUAUCCUCAGAAAAACUUCAUUAAAUGGAGGAUAAAUUUUAUAAUCUCUUUCGACCUGACACAGCCCGACAGGAACUGAGUCGAUCCACCUAACCUCUGAAACACAUGUAAGAUGCCGUUUUAAAAAUUCCAAAUUUUGGGCCUUCUGCAAAGGGCUAGCCAAAGAAGCGAAAAAAUAUUUUAGUUUCCCCAAUUGACGACGUUCCGUUACAGAUCGUAAAAAAAAGAGUCGCUCGGUUAACUAAUAAAAAUUUUACGUUAAAACAUUCCAGAAUAUCACAGUCACCCGGCGAGCGUAUCAAGACGAGGAAGGCCAUCUGACCCUGCCUCCUCUAGAAAAACAAUUUCUGAUAUCUCCUCCUUCUUCACCUCCAGUUGGUAGGUCUCUUCGUCUUCCAAUUAUCCUUACUUUUAGGAUGGGUUCAAUCCACGGAGAUGGCUCCAGUUAUCUGUGACUUCGAUUUGAUGGCCAAAUUGGCCGCAUACUCUGUAGAAGAAGAUUACGAAGUCCAUGGCGGGGAUCCCAGCCAUCCAACUAUCGUGGUGACUCCGGUUAAAAUCGGGGAAGACGAAGAGAAACCUAUGAGGUGUCCCCCGACCCCGCUACCGCAUACACCGCGACCUCCGGAAUGA